AUGAAUGGUGGAAAGACUGACAAGUUUCCUGUCAUUGCUAAAGGUAAGUUUUCUAGUUUGCGGUUGUUUAGUUUCAGUUUUCAUAGUUCUUUCAAAGUUUGUUACUUGUUUAUCUCUUUCACAUCGUCUUCGCAAAAAAGAGCCCCAAACAUCCGUUGAGAAUCAGCUCCAAGACAAAGAUCGUAAACCUGAGUCCGGUGUAACUGAAGGACUGGUGGAGAGGCAGAAACAAGCUAGUUCUCUUAUAGAAAUGUUUCAACAAGAGGCGCUGAAUGAAAAACAAACUCGCCUCCUCGCUCAGUUGAAGGCGCUUGAAAAGGUUUGCUUUGAGCUUUUAUUGAACAUGUAAGCUUCAUACUGAUGAUAGCUUUGAUAUCAGGAAAUAAAUUACUUUUCAGGACAGGUUGGCAACAGAUGCGUGGAAAAUAAUUGCAGCUCUGAAGAAGGAAAAAGGAUUACUUGAGGUAAAACAGCAAAUAAACGUUCAUCUCUUAAGUCAAGCUUAUAUCUCUAUUGUUGUUGUUCUCGUUUUAAAGUUUGCCAACUGCACAAAAUCAUUUUUCUCUAAAUGUUAGAGUCAAGUUCAAAAGCUCACAGCACAAAACAGCAACCUCACUGGUGGAAAAGAUGGAGCUGGAAAUUGCAAAAGGUAAGCUUUAGCAUAGAAAUGAAUUGAGGCUAGCGAUCUCUAACACGGUUUUCAAAGUUCAAAUGUGUCCUUAAACUACUGUAAAAUUGAUGUUAAAAUAUUUUAAAAAUCCUAUAGUCUCGCCGAUCCACAAUGACGCCGUGGAUCGGCGAAAGCUUUGAUUUAUUAACUUUUUAACAUCAAUUUUACAGUAUUUUAAGGCCUCAUUUGAUCUUUUGUCAGUUUUAUUCUCUAAAAUACUACUGAAGGACAACAUUCAACGAUUAAGAAAUUUACAAUUUAAGUUUUACAAGGUAAACUAGUCAAUUCAAGUCGUCAUCAUUUUCAUUAAUAUGUCAUUUUCUUGACAUAGCUAAAUAUUGAGUUCGUUAAAAAUGCAAAAAAGAUUAUUUCUUCCGACUCUUUUUAAUUUGAUCUUUAGAACUCAAAUAAAACCCAACGAAACUCAAAAUGCGAAAGACAAGCUUACGCAUAUCCAGAAAGAUAACAGCAACGAAAGCAAUAUGAACAAAAUUAGAGGUAAGAGGAAGAAAUAAAAUUAUUUGUCGAGUGUUAGUAAGAAAAAUAAGUCAUGAAUUGAUCACAUUUCAAAUUACAGAUGAGCUCAAUAAAGUUUUAACCGCUGUAACUUGUGGAGUAAAAGACAAACAAGCAACGGUAGGUGGUGUCUUCAGAAAACGAUUUAAAAACUCUGUUGUAUUGUGCAUGAACUGACAGGACGCGAGAGCACGAAAAGCUCUGUAGAGAGAAACUCCGCUUACUUAGUCGAGUCCUCUUUUUUGGCUUUAUAGUAAAUCUGAUAAUGAACCAUCAUAUCAGCCUGGUACUUGACUUGUACUUUGCUAACAUCGCUCGAGUCUUCCACAAAUCCCAGUAAUUUUUAAGGGGCUACUGCUAAUAUCGUAAAAACGAUCUCGAUAUUUAUGACUAUUCCCGGACAGUCGUUAAUACUGUCGGCUUAGAAACGCAUAAUGUUUUAAUUAACUAAUUAGUAAUAACUAGUUAUCUUGUCAAGUCACGGUCAUAACUGGCUGCUUUAUUUAAUGGAUUCUAUUGAUAAUCGACAUUGUAAUAAAAAAUUCGUAAAAAUUCAAUUUCAUCUGCAUAGAGCGAGAUUUGCGAUGCUCUUAUCAUUGAAACUUGACUUUUUAUUGAUAUUUUAUCGUUGUUUACUUUUAUGGUGGGUAAUCUCUUUUACAGGGAAAAGAAAAUAAAGAUAGUAUAUCGCCUCUGAGUCCUUCAAAUUAUAUCAAGAAAUCAGCACAAGUCCCGGUAGAUACAAGGUAAUAGUUUCAUCGAUCAUUCAUUGAUACUUGUCUUUAUAUGAUCAUUGUGAUACCCUGUCAGAUAGUAUUAAGUUGGGUUUUGGUGAAUGCGCGCCUACUAGGGUAUUUUUCAAACUCUAUCAAUGACAAAUAAUCUUGUAACUCUAAAUCGCGACCUUUGAGCUUAGUUUCAACGAGACGUAAGGGUUCUUGUAAAUGCAAUUUAGCUCUCUGUCAACAAAACCGAAAACGAAAAUGACAAAGCGAAACUGUGUAUUACUUUUCUGAUGUUAUGUUCAGAACCAAAAGUGUUCUCGACUAACAUGCAGACCAAGGUCAAAUAUGAAAGAUGAAAGUGUACGAAAACCCAGUCGAAAAUGAAUUUUCAUACCAUGCCAUAAAAAGUACAGUCAAACAACUACAGUGUGAUCGAGUUCACAAAAACCCUUUUUUUCGCUCAGGGAAUUUAGGUUAUUUCAGUUUUUGACGAUGACAUUUUGGCACAUGCACCAUCUCUCAGUCACACAGGAAGGCACCAUUCAGCUGCCAGGUUCUUUCGCAAAAAACCAGAAGUGGUUUUGUUUUUGUCGUCAGUAACAGCCUAUUUCCGGGCUCAUCAAUAGAAUUAUGUUUACGCAUUUCCCUUCCAAGCAAACAGGAACUUUUAGUGAAUAUAGAGCCUUUUAUUAUUUAGCUUGUAAGCGUGUUGGAAUUAAGGCUUGGCAAAUUGUGGUUCAGUAGUGCAUAACGAAGCUUUGAGUUACAGGAUGUGACAUAUUGUUAGAGUUUUUUUAGCUCUUUUCAAGCUUAAAGGUUCGUAUGCAUGUUAAGAAAAUACAGUUGACUUUUGGCAUAUUCUGUAAUGUACAACUUAAAAGCAAUGCAUUUAGUAUAAUGAGGUAUUCACUUAGUCGGGAUCAGUCCCAAAGAUACCCGUCGCUUCUUAAACCGAAGCAAAAGUUUUUGCUCACAUUAUCAUAAUAACAAUAUCAUUGAAAAUGCUAAAGACCUUCUUCAAAGGGGUUACAUCAAACAUCUACAGCUAAAAAACUUGUGGCCUUUGGGUGGCUGCAAGUUAAGAGUCAGUUAAUUUUAGACAUCGCAGAGGACUUUUUUUUAGGAAGGAAAAACAGGUUAAAGAAUCUUACUGCUAUCUUUUCUCUGCAUGGCAUCCGAAUAUAAGAAAUGUCACAGCUUCUUUUUACAACCCCCAAAAAUAAAAAGAUCUUUGGAAAAAUCUUUACUUAUUUUAUUUAAAAAUCGUUAAUUUAGCCCAAACUGCACGAGAACAAUCAUGUAAUUACUAGUCAAUGAUAUACAAGCAAAAUUACGACUUUGUUUUACUUUUUAGUUGCUUUUAUUUCGUGUCAUGGCUCUCCGGUUCGGUCGCUUGCCUUUAACCUGUUGCCGGAGGCCAAAACUGCACGACACAGAGUUCAAUUACCACUUCAUUACAUCCAUUUUAAAAUCGCAAGUUUCAGUCGCUCAAUUACAGGUGUUUCAAGUGUGUACAAACAGUUUAUUAAUCCAGUUCUGAGCCGGAUGGUUUGUGAAAAACUACAUAAGUUGUCUCACAUUUUCCUCUGAUGAUACUGGUUUUCUUAAACAAGUCUAGAAGUCUGAUUGUUUGUUGUGUUAUAGUACAGUUUUCUCGUAAGCUGGGAAGAGAUACGAUUUAGAACGAAAAUGGUGCGAUUCGUUAAAGAAUCGCACCAGUGAGAGCCACUCGGAUUGCAAGAAUCACCAGCGAUUUCAUAAUGAUUGUAAUAAAUAUUCUAAUUAUCUAAUUAUUAUCGGUGAUUACAACUGUUACCAAUCUUAUGUAUUGUAGAUCAUAGGUCAGUGGGGAGGUUCCUUUCAGAAUCCUCUGCUCUUCUUGAGUUCGUAUCUUCAUUUUCUUUUAGUAUGCAUUGUGUACCCCUCGCAGAGGAAAAACUAUCAGAAAGAUCGGCCGAUAGUUUUAAAGGUAAGGCCUUUACAGCUUUGAUCAAUUUAGAGGUCUGGGCCCAGUUGUUCGAAGGCUGAUUAGCGCUAACCCAGGGUUAAGAUUUAAUCUGGGUUUCUUUAUUUCUUUCUUCAAAGGCCUUUUCCAGAUAAUUUUCUUUAUUAUUUUUGGAGCGUCUAAGCAUCACAAUGUUCUUUCAAAGCUUUCAUACCUGAGGUCAGAUUUCACAUCAACCCUCGGUUAUCUUAACUUAGCUUUAAAUAACCCAGCCCUGAUGCAUACGCCAAGUCGAAUUGAUGUCUAUUGUUCCAUGAAUACAUGUUGCAGAGCCUCAGGUUCAUGUGGCUGGUGUAUGUGGACUGCAGAAUCUCGGCAACACGUGUUUUGUGAAUGCAGGCUUACAGUGCCUCUUCAGUGUGACACCAUUCUGCAGAUUCUUUUUAGGUAUGAUAUAGAGAUAUUUUCACGCGAUAAAGGUGAACAAUGGGAGAUACAGGAAUGCACAAUCUUUCAAGGUCUAUCAUGGCAUCUCAUGUAAUGACUAUCGAGUUUAUACGUGUUUAAUCCCUUUUCCACAGGGUGGGUCAUCUCAAGCAAAGAUAACGAAUGUUCUUUUUUGUUUGUAGGUGGUGGGCACAAAAAUGUGUCUCAGAGGAACCCCAAGAGUUUGCAAGGGGAAAAACCAAAUAAAAGUCAGGUUAGGAUUUGCUUUAAACAACUCUUAAACAUCGGAAACAACUCGAAGUUACUUACGCAACAACACAAUGUUUUAAAAAAUAGAAUCGACCGACAAUUUUAAAAUGUGUAAUACAGUAAUUUAUUGAGUGUUUAACGAGAAGUUAUCUGUUUGCAGCAAUCAUUAUGCAAAGUCUUAGGUGAGCUGGUGACGAAAGUCUGGAGUGGUUGUUACAUAGAUUGUGAUCCAACAGAGCUGUACACAGCAAUCACUACACACUUCUGUCAUCAACUUACACCUCACAGACAGGUAAGCUGACACAAAGACAUCUUGCUACAGCAUGAUUCUACUCGUAUUCCUCUCUAUCAUAAUUUCUUCAUAUUCAAUUCACGCCAUGUCAAGGUAGUCCCCUUUAAAGGAGGAGCUGGUCCCAACUCCAAGAAAUUAGCAUCCAGCUGGAUCAGCUAGCAUAAAGAAGUUAUGGCUUGCCUCACAUGUUACAGCACGCACUAUUCAUGAACAAUUAGCAAGUGAUAAAAAAUUCUUGACAGCGAUUCAGGUUAAGCCUGUAAACGGGGAAUUUAAUGACUAAUACUAAGAGAAACUCACGUGAAGAGUGUGAGAUUUCCAUGUAAACCCUUUAAGCCGACAAAAAUCUACCUGAAGACUUUUUUUCGUUUCGUCUUUAGUCUGCCUGCUGUACAAAUAGACGUCGCAUGUAAGCUCUGCAACGCAGAAAUGUUAAACAUACAGAUCAUCUCUUAAUAUACGUCACCAUCUCGUUCUUCUUUCGUUUCCUUUCGGUAAGCAUGACUGUCACGAAUUUCUCGCGCUGUUUCUGGAUGGACUUCAUCACGAACUUAACUGUGUUACCGACAGUUCCAAUGACUCGUCACCAUAUCAGCUUGAUAAAAAUGACUGUGCGGAGCAGAGAUGGAGGUAAAUGCAGUCUCAGGUCACUUAGCUUUGGACACAUAAAGGCCACCCUAAAGCCUAAACAAACUAGAAAAUCAACUUAACUUUUCUGUUCUUAUCUGUUUUGUUUUAACCAGUUUACUCGGUCUUGACUGUUUUCCCCUCAAUAACAUCACAUGACAAUCGGAUACUUUAGGGCUAUUCUAUGUUGCUAUUGAUAUUUUUCAGAGAAUACACCAGGAGUAAUGAAUCCCUUAUCGUUGAUACUUUUCAAGGACAACUGCAAAGCGAGGUAAAACUAAUUGCUGGUUUACUGCUGUAUCAAGACAAUUGCGUUUGAUGUGAUAUUCUCACAAUUAUGAGGGAUGGUGUACUCUAAUGAUGUGUAAAUAUGUUAUAUCAGCUGAGAUAUUCAGUCAGUCAGAAUAAUACUACUACAACUAAUAGAAGUGCUCUUCUUGAAGCAUUAUUGGUCGCAAGAUCUUUGAAGACGAAGAAUCUUAAUUCGUUUUAUCCUCAGAUCACAUGUUGCAGCUGCAGUCAUAAAUCAUUCAAAUACCAGCCAUUUACAUUUCUCUCCGUGCCACUGCUAAGUGAAUCAUAUAACACUUUUGGUAAGUCUCAUAUGAUUAAACUAUUAGCUUUCCAUCUAUUUAAACACUUCUUUUAGAGUAAGAUUUGUAUCAAUUUCAAACUUAACCGAGACGACGAUUAAGAUAACUAUCUUUCCUUUUUAUUUUGCCUCCACGACUCAACCGGUCACACAAAGAGUGCGUUGGCCGGCCAGGCCACCGUACCGCUCAUUUAACACCAAUACGCUUACCAAUAUGCUUAUAAUUACGACUGAUGGAAACUAAAUGCAUCAAAGCCGUAAACGAAAACCCCUAAAAAUCAGCAGGUGGGGAAAAGGGGAAAGUGUGCCCUCAACCAAGGCAGUGAUGCCUUGGGAGGUUUAGGGUAUCCUAUGAAUAUGAUGACAUACACAAGUAGAUAACAGUUACUUAAGGAACCAUGCGAGUACAGCUCUAAGUAAAACCUUAUGUGAACAUGAUAAUAUUUUAAACGAAAACGAAACCUAACAACUUAACACGUCGAAGGCUGACUGUACUCAAAUUACAAACUGUGAUCCCAUAACUCUCCUCGCACCUCGCACCUCGCACCCGCCUCCAGUCCUCUUAUACCUGCCGGCAAAAUAUUAAUUUAUUCUAAUUAAGAUUAUCGCAAAUUACAUUAUUCUACAAACAGUUGUGACGUGGGUUUCCUGUGAUCUAAAGGAGGAAAGUGAUGGGAAAAUACGGGCAGUCAGGUAAUUAUCAAAGACUUCAUGUUGAUAGGCAUAGUGAUAGCCAUUUGAAUAUUUUUGUUUUGAGUUAUGAUUCUCUUCUGCUCUAUUUCACUCGUUUCAUUCGACGAUUUCGUUUGUUCUUUUUUCUCUCUCGCCUAGGUACAAAGUACACGUGACGAAACCAAGUACUGUAUCUAAACUAAAAGCCAAUUUUGUUUCCUUGCUACCCGAAGACGCACAACCACAGUUGGAGGACAUCAAGGUGUCUGUGGUGCGAAACAGUCAGAUCGUUUCAAUAAUGGUACAGAAAAAAACGUUUCUGUUGACCGCCUUAUCAACCUUCAAUACUUUUUGUGCUAUUUGUUUCAGAAAGCCUUUUAGGAUUUAGAAUGCUUGAGGUUUAGAACGCUGCUUGGUUACAAUUUUGAUCGAUUUCUUCUAAGAACUGAAUUUCUGAGAACCCUCGUUCCAAAGAUUAAAAUGCAUUCAGUCAGCGCCUGGUAUAACUAAAUCAGUGUGCAAGCGAAUCGGUUUUGUUUCAUUGCAGAGUGAUGAGAAGCAAUUAACAUUAUUCACUGAUCGCCGAAGCAAGCUGUACAUGUUCAACCCUUCAAAAGCUCCAGAAUCUUUACUUGUUGAAGAUUCCAGUCAUUCACAGCGAGAAUCUAUACUGUUUACCGAGGGUCAGCUGCGUGAAGAUUGCAAUCAGUCAAGAAGGACAUCCCUGACGUAUCCCUCGGGACGAUCCUCGACUCAGGCUUUUGAAUCAACUAUGUUCUACUCCCCUGACGCUGCUAGUGCCCCAGGAGAAUUCAUGUCAGCACUCGAUCAGCUUCACACUGAAUCUUAUACAACUGAUAAAUCUCCAAUUGAUAAACUCCACCAGUAUAGACUAGCAAGUCCCAAUACCAGUACCCCAGAGACUCAGGCAGCGCAAACAGCAAAGCGUGUAUCGUUGUCUAAUAUGUAUCGCUUGAGCUCCACGUGCUGUAUUUGUCUGCAGGAGAGAGCAGAUAACCAACUUGUUUCACAUGAUAAAUGCGGAAGACUGUAUUGUCGCCAAUGCCUUCAGGUAAGUAACAUCUUUUACAUAGUUCCCAAUGAUAGUUAUUACUUUAUUCCUGAAUCAAAGGAUGAUAAUCGAGGAUUAGACCCUCUAGUAAAUGAGGAACUUUUUCUAUUUCUUGUAAAAGGUCGUUAUACGCAAAUAGCUUAGUUAUCCAUGCACUUCGUCUGUGGCGUCUUUUUUAUUUCCUUUCGAGAAAAAAUUCUGUAUAUGGCAAUAAAACAUAGUAAAUACCAUCGAUAUAUCCUCUGACGCUUAAAACUCUAUGAAUACUUUGCUUUGCGCCUGGCUGCCAAAUUGACUCUAUUUAUGAUGAGAAAUAAUUCCAGAAAUGUAUGUUUACUCACAUGCAGAAUGCAGCUGGAGGAGUUUUUGAGUGUCAACUGUCCUGUCCGGUGAGUAUUACGAAAUCAAAUGUCAGCAUUGCGAGAGAGUCUCUUAUUUUCCAGGUUACUUUUAGUUUUAAUUUGACCUCAGUCCUGGUGAAAUAAUGAUAUUAUGAUAGCCAUCACUUAAGAGUCAUUCCAAAAGCUGGCCCCUCAAUUUCUGACGAAUUCUCUCGGUUUUGGUUACGAUCAUGGCACACUGUUGCCACUUUCUCAGAGUCAUGUUGCCUCAUCAUCAAAGGUACCAAAAUACGUCGUAACAAGUUGCCUUCACACAGAACCUAUCUAAAAUUGCUCUAUUAUAACUGAUAGUAAUAUUCGAUUUCAACAGCGGUGCGAAACAGAGAUAGUCAUACAGUCCCACGGAAUCACUCAGAAAUCAGGGUAUUGUUUAAAUAUUUCAUAACUGCUUUAAUGGUCAUUUUCCAGUGAGCUGCUGCAGAAUUUCUGAAUGAUUGAAAAACUUUCAAUUUAUUAAUGGCAAUGGCCCUUUCAGCGAAUUUCUAGUACAACACCCUGCUCAUCAAAGCAUUCAAAGGGAACAAUAAACCUGUCUUUCAAUUUAUGUUGGUAAACCCUUUGCAAACUGACACAACUCUGCAUUUUCUCCAGUUUGCAUCUUUGCAUUUCAGAUGAAACUGAAAAGAGAAUUCAUUUAUCAGUCAAGAGCUUCUUUCUAUGACCACCAUUUUCUUUAUUCUCAUGAACUUAAGGUGUGAUUCAGCAGUGAUACUGAGUGAAUAAAUUAGAUGCACGUCACUUUCAGGGAUGAAAGGGUUAAUAGGUCGGAAAAAGUCACUUUUACUUAUUGAUGACACGUCUGGACGUAACUUGAUCAUGCCGGGAAAAAAUUGAGCGCUUAUGUAAAAACAUCAUACAAAAAGAAGGAACCAAGUGUAAGCUAUAUAGAGAUCCAAAGCAGAUGAGAACUUUAUUGUUGUUAUUAUCAUGAAAAUCGUCUAUUUGCAAUCAAACUAACGGUUUGUACUUAAAUAAAAAAGGCUUUACUUGCAUUACCUCACAGGAAGAUUAUGGUUCCAAUAGUUUUGCGAAGAUUCGAGGAGGAUUCUAAGGUCAGUAGUCAGAACUAUUAUAGAAGUCUUAAAGUAUUAAGCUUGAAAUUAAUCUUAGUUGUUAAGAUGCCCUCAAAUUUUAGAGUCAUGUGGUUUUCCAAUCUUCUCACACCAGUAUCUUUCACCAAGAACUGGUCUCAUUUUUCUCUCGUAUCUAAUAACUCAUCUCAUUUUCAAUUAUCACACUUUUUCGGGUCUUUUUAGACGAAAAGGUUAUUUGGACAUCCCAGUUUAGUCGUCUUUCCCAAGAACAUUCUUGGCAAAGACGUGUAUUCUUUCAUAUCAAAGCUGUUACCUGACGCUGUGACUGCACUCCCGUUCACUUUACAUCUGGUUGACCAACAGGUAAGUAAAAUGGUGUCUACUUUCCAGCCAAGCGGCCCAUCCAGCAGGAGUUAAUCCUGGUUUUCUCAACACGAGGCCACUAGACAUAUCUUAGACACUCUUAUUUUAUAGAAUGCCGGUCCAUCGCGUUUUACCCCGAGCAUUCCUAGUCCUUUCAGAUUUCCCCGACAGCUCGCUGGUAACCUUUUGCAUUUUUGGUUUGAGAUGGGCUCUUUGGGGAAAAAUUUCUUGCUAAGAAAAGCAAAACAGUGAGUUUGUCAGGGGUGGGAAGGCUGCAAGGCUGCGGGGCUGCGAUAGCAAGUAAGAUAAGAGACCUUCUAACGCUAUACAUGGGAAUGCCUGGUUGAGUACUCAAACACCACGCAGUCUUCGUAUUGAUUCAUUGUCUUCUAUAAAAAGGGGCUGUGUACCCAAUCUUUCGGACGGAGAUCUCAUGACACCCCUCGUUAAAAAAUUAUAAUUUAUUCUGUUUUGAUUCAACAAUUGGCAAGAUUCGUGAUGGAAUGUUCUUCUUGUUAUUCUUUGUAAUAAAGGGACUCCACUGUUCCCGCUGUACCAAAAUCACCGGCUGCACAGGCUGCGAAGUCAACAGUGAAGACGUGAUCUUGAAUCUGCAACCAUGUGACAAUUUAGCAGUCCAACUGGGCAACAUCAGCCGCUGGGAGGCGGAGAGGGUAAGAAAUUUCGUCAUUCUACCUAAAAUAUGAGCAGCCGGUGAAGAUGUUCAUAACCCUGGAAUAAAAUUAAAAUGGAGCAAGAAGAAAAUUGUAAAUUGGCAAACGUUACAAACCAAAUUUAACUCAUAUAUCACCCAAUUCUUCAACAGCUGAAAUUUCUUGUUCACUGGUGUUGUAAAUAUCUUAAUCUAGUGUGAGCAGACGGCAAAGCAAGAAGUUCAAUUUUUUCCCUUUUGCCGUUUGCCGUAAACGUCGACCUUUUACUCAUUAGAAAAUAAAAUUUCUUUUCCUUGAAAUAGAUUUUUCGUGUACUUGUUAAGAAAAAAAUACUACCAAUAAAUGAAAAAGAGUCACCUUGCUCGUCUGCAAAAAUAAUUGACAGAUUAUCGUACGAGAGAGUGCCGGCCACACAUGAAAGUCGUCAUUUUGUUUAUGUCUACGGACACGGCGGUACUCACGCGCGGAAAUAAUGUGUAGAAGGAAUGCGUAUAAUUAACCAAAUUCAGUUUCCGAGGACACCCGUCUUACAUGAGGAAUUCUUGAUAAAAGCUAAAGAAAAUACUUACAUUUAUCGAUAAAACUAUUGGAAUUAAACUCCUUGACAAUUAAAUUUAUAAGAUGGGCCGCUGUGUCGAGCACGACUCUAUAUGGAAGCCUCGCAAUACAGAAGAUCUUGUGCAACUUCAGGACUGCUUGAGGACAUUUGUACAAAGGUAGACAAGUCAAGUUCUUUUACUAUAAAUGAAAUGGAUCCAUUGUUCGUAAUAGAGCAAAACUGGGACAAUUGUUUAACUAUGUCUUUAUGUCGUUAUGUGCCCGUGAUGAAUGACAAGUCUGGGCAGUAAGGAUAUGCGUUAUCGAUGGGCUUAACGUCCUUAUGUGUACCAGCUGAAUUUGCGAAAUUGUCAUGUUUUCGACGUCAAGCACACAUGUCAACCCGGGGUAACUUUUAAAUGAGUAUGGAGGAAAAUCUCCAUCACUGUUAAUAGCGCUUUGCUCUACCGAGCCCAGUACCUCCUGUUAACUCAGCUGUCUUUUGGUUUAAAGCGAGCAGUUGCCAGACACGUGGUAUUGUCAAAAGUGUCACGAGGAGAGAAAUGCUUCCAAGUGUUUGUGUUUAGUUCGUCUGCCAGAUAUUCUUAUUAUCCAUCUUAAAAGGCAAGUAAUGUAUCGUCUAAUUAUGAGUACUGUCUCAGAAUCCAGAUCCAGUUACUUUAUUUAAAAAAAAAGCUCAUUGAAACUACUCUUUAAGAAAACGAAUGCAAACACCUUGAUGUUAUCAGAGGGGGAUGAACAAACAAAAACUGAGAAGUUUCAUCGGUUUUAAUCUGCGUGCAUUAAUGAUAAAUCACAUUAUAUUGAACAUGGAUGUAGAAUAGUUUGAGAUAUUAGAAUCUCAUUGUUAUUUUACUGAAAUGCAAUUUGUUGAUUAUGGAGACAUGUGUUCUUUUCAAGGUAUGUUUGGUGUAAGGGCAGUAUAGACAGUUCUUUAGUCAAUUCAUUUCGUGGGCUACAGUUCCUUGGUUUCCAGAUGACUUGAUUGAACAUGGUUAGAAUGCGACUGGGAACGAUAUUAGCCGAAAGUUAUAUAUGUAGACCAGAAACAUACCUACUCUGGUAAACUAGCAACUAGACUAGACCAGAUACUAGACUACAUAUAUGUUACGAAGUAAAGCAGGCGAUAAACGAGACAAAGACUGGAGACCAGACUAGAAUAUAUGCGGACAAGACUAAGACUAGAGGAAAGCCUAGAAAAGAAACCAGCUAGGAUAUAAUGAUGAUAAGACCAGUUGCUACACUAAACUAAAGGAGAUAUUCGACCACAUAUAUUUAUGAACUACCAGAUUUGAAUAGGAGAAGAGAAUAGAUAUUAUCAAACUACACUAGACUAGGCUAGACUUGACCAAAAUUAAGCAAAAACCGAAAUGGAGACUUGACCAGGUAGUGGUUACGGUAGACCACACACUUAAUUAAUUUUACGUUAGUUUAUUAGCUAAUAAACUAACAUAAAAUUGGAGUCGAAUAACUUCAUCCUACUAGUUGGCAAAAAAAUGUCCUUAUAUUAAAUUUUAUAUUUAAACGCAGGACAAAGUCCUUCGCCACCAGUUUUUUAAACUGCAAUCAAUCUUUAAUUCAUGACUACCAGUUUUCUGCGAAUCUGUUUGAACGUGCAUUUUUUCAUACCAGGUACAGUCAGAGCGGCGUAAAGAUAACAGCACCUGUUGCGUUUCCUAUGGAUGAGCUAGACAUGGGCGAAUACACUCAGCUAGAACAUAACAGUGCAGAGAAACAUGGGGCAGGAGACUUCAUUUACGAUCUCAUUGCAUGUGUCUGCCACGAAGGGAGUAAGUAAACAAAAACUAACAACUGUAAAGACAAUGGCAGAAUCAAUUAACUUACAAAAACCCGGUCUCUGCUAACCUAUGUUUUGAGAGUUAAGUGGCUUAUCGUCAUCGGUAUCCGGGUCAAAGCGGAAUUAGGAGUGUUACUGUUUGGAGAGAAAGGAAAACCGAACAACCCGUAGAAAAACCCUGGGCGCAUAAACAAGAACUAACAAAAAACUCGACUCACAUAGGAUCGGUAAUCCAGCCUACAGUGAAAAGCCAUAGCUUUCAGGACUGCGCUUUCCCUGCUCCCAAGCUAUAGCAGUAUUAAUGAAUACCAAAUGUUUUAAAAAGCACCCCUUUUUCACUGGAGUUCCACGUUAGUUUCUGUAAAUCAUACUUACCAUGAGUUUUAAUUUCUCAAUUUUUAGAUCAGCGAGUACUUAAAAGGUAACAUAUUGUUAAACCACAGGUUACAGCAGCGGACAUUACACGGCCUACACCAGCAAUAAUGGAGUAUGGUACCGAUAUGAUGAUAGUUGUGUUACCAAGGUGAUUAAUGUCAAUCUGAACUGUCCUUUGAACUCUUGCAUGUUGCUUCAGAUCGGCGGUCAACAGAUUCUUGUGUGAAAGGCACCUCUAGUUUUUACCCUCACACCGAAAUGGUGUUGUAUUUAACCCGCACAAAAGCUUACGAUCUAGAUUUAAAUAAUUAUUCCUGCUUUAUGAUUUAUUUCCUAGGAAUUGCCAAAUCACCUAUCUUUUGCUAAAGCAUAUAUUCUGUUUUAUCGCAGAAGAACGGGUAAGUUAUUAGUUUAAUUCAAUUUUGAAUUCUCACUCUAAAUGCAAAUACACCCACUCACCUCCAAGCAAGAAUCUACAAAACACUGCAAUGGACUCUGUUUUAGAAACUUUUUACAUUAACUCUCAGAUUUGAAAAGCAGAAGAUCGAAGAUUUUGAACACCCUUGUAAUAAGCAGUCCUUUUCAGUGAUACAGUUAACGAUCGAACGCACAUUUAUCUACACUUGACAGUAUCCUUAGUUUAUCAUGUUAAUGUGUUGCAGUGUCGCCGCUGAGCACAUCAUCGAGUUAUAGCCAAGAGUGAGUAGAAUAGAUCUUACUCUGAUAACACAUCUCAUUAGAAACUGUAUCAUUAUAGGUCUCAAGUCUUAAUUGGGCUAGCAAUCAGGAUAUAUGAACCAUUUUAACUUCCUCUACACUAGAUAUGAGUUUAAGUUUGGUUUGUGAGGAUAUUCUACUAAUACGCUAGGAAACAAACACCUCAGUGAAAGAUGUUGAGCUUCCCAGAAAGUUUUGUCGCAGAUCGACAGCGAUAAACUUUUCGUAAUUUCGGUAACUACCCUUAAACGAAAUAGAGUUUUUCUUUUCAAGCCUUAGCGUUAAAGGAAAUGUUUUUAUUCAAAAUAUACGUAGAAGCAAUAUUGACACAGCAAGGAAAAUCAGAUAUCGCCUACUGCAAGGUUAUUCACCAAGCCAUAACCCGAACUUUUGUAUUCAGUACGCCACUGGAGAUAAGCUUGUUUACGUUUAUAUGCACCGUUACCACUGUGUCUCUCUUUAUGACUGCAUUCCUGAUUUUCAGGAGUUUGAAGGAUAAACAUGUAACCGAAUCGGUGGAGAAAGGAAUCACUGAGAAUGAUAGUGAUUUGACAUCACCAAAACUGCUCAAGACUUCUUUGUCGUCAAAUGAAAAGGUUGUACAAUACUGCAAUAUUCUACCCUCUAAACAUUUUGAAAAGAACUAUCGUCCUUUUCUUUGAUUCAUGCGUUAUUGAUUACAAUGAUGGUUUAAGUGUUUUGGAGGCGUCAGAGUUUUCAGAACCACGAGGUCGACAUUUGUAUGACACUGCAAAGCAAAGGGUUGCGAUCAUGAAAGCAAAAGAAAUGUUGGGAUUCUGUCGGCUUACACGGUAUUUUAAAACUGUGCGAGUCGACAGAGUCCCAGCAUUUAAUUAAACAUUAAAUACCUAAAGGUAUUUCAAAUCUCGCCGAAAAACCUUUAACAAGUUGAAUCAACAUCGACCCCACCCAAAAUCUGGUAAAAUUGAUCCAACAAGAACUCGGGAGAUAGGUGUAAAAGUAAUGGAUGUCUUAUUGGGUUUAAUAGAAACAUUAUGUUCGAAUCCUUUUGGUUUUUGUCAUAUUUUCUUAUUAUUAGAAAAGUAUAAAAGAGAUUAGAGAAGAACUAACGGAGAAACUAAACAUCCUACAGCCGAUCGCUUACAGAGGUAACAGAAAAUAUCUAACGACGUCAAAGUAAAUGUUUUUACUCGAUACAAAUAGAUGUUCGAGUACAAAUCUAAUAAUUUAUUUGUUUCUCCUUGUUAGCCUUCCAUAGUGAAUCCACAGACGACAAUGAAACCAAAAACCAGAUUAAAAGGUAAGACUACAAUUAGUUAUAAACUUUACUUUUCAAUGAAGUCAUAGUUUGAAUCAGGCCAUGGCGAAACAUAUAAGUUUUUCUUGUGACGUGCUAUGCAACAAUGCAUAGCAAAAACUAUCGUUUACAUGCACCGUUACCACUGUGUCUCUCCUCGUGACUGCAUUCCUGAUUUCCAGGAGUUUGAGGGGUAAACAUGUAACUGAAUCGGUGGAGAAAGAAUCACUGAGAAUGAUAGUGAUUUGACAUCACCAAAACUGCUCAAGACUUCUUUGUCGUCAAAUGAAAAGGUUGUACAACACUGCAAUGUUCUGCCCUUUAAACAUUUUGAAAAGACCUAUCGUCCUUUUUCCUUGAUUCAAACCAAGUGAAUGAAAAGGUUGUACAACACUGCAAUGUUCAACCCUUCAAACAUUUUGAAAAGAUUCAUUGUCCUUUAUUUACCAUAAAAAGUCUUCAGCCAAAACUUUACUCAGGAGGGCUGUCUACCAUCUUCCCUCGAUUCGAAGGCUGAGGAAAGGAAAUAUGUUUCUAAUGUCCUAAACACGAAUGGCUGUUCCAAAACUUUUCUCCGUAACUGCCGAAAACCAGUUACAAUUAGUAGUACUCCCGAUGAGAGGGAACCAGCGACUGGUUUUGCUGUUAUUCCCUACAUUCAGGGUGUUACGGAACCCAUCAUGAGAAUUUUGAAUAGCCACAACGUUAAAGUUUCUCAAAGACCUUUUCAGACUUUGAGGCAUAUUUUUGCCAAACCUGAGGAUGCUGUCACGAAAGAACAACCAACCGACGACAUUUAUUCUAUUCCGUGCAAUGAUUGUGAUAUGUAUAUCGGACAGAUCAAACGUCAAUCUGGCACACGUUUGAAAGAGCUUUCACACCUCGUCAGAAAAAAGAGCAGCUAAUUAGAGAGUGUAUAAAAAGACCUCUUUCUGUAGAGUUUAGAUCACCCCUGAUGAAGGCACUAGACAGGAGUGUUGAAACGUUGGGUCUAUGAAUAGAUCAAUGAAAACUUGAAGCAAACAAGCGUUACCCUAGCCAAGUGCAAGAAUACGUAAUAGACCAAGAAAUGAUUCAUUUUAGUAUUGCAUCUGUUCAGGCAUGACCAAUGCAACCUUUGACAUUGCUUAGGGUUAGGGUUAGGCGACACUUAAUUGGGAUUUCCGCUUGCAGAGUAGAUAUCCUUACAUACAUCCUGUGUAACGUUGGUAGAAGGAAUCUGGAGGUCUCUCGCCACAGCAAUUUCGCCCCUUCACCUUUGGGAGUUCGCCCCCUGAUAAUGAUUUCAGAAGAAUAUGUUCUGCUGUAAGAAAACGAUUUGAAAGAUUUGGGGCGAACUAGUAAAGAAGGGGGCGAACCUUUUUUACCAUAGACCUUUCAGACUGAAAGCUGAAACUUUUUGUUUCAGGAGAAGAUUGAAGACAAAAAGGAAGGUGUCUGUGGGAAUGAAAGGUUAGUUUGUUCAAGACAGUCGAAAUAAAGAAUAUCAAUUUACAGGCCGUGAGAUCGUACAUGUGAGAAGUUAGCGAGUUUAAAAUCAACAAACCGAAAUUUGUAAUUUAGGCAAACAUGUCGAAGCAAAAGAAUGAUGCCUAAAACGUGGAAAAAGUUUUAUUGAUGGACAAAAUAUUGUUAUGGAAAUAAAAAUAUAAACGAAAGCUUUGAAGUAAGACACUGGCAGAUGAACGUGGUCUAGGGUUACACAUCCAUAGAUACAUCCCCAUUACACGACAUGAAAAUGUAUUCCCAAAAGGCUUAUCAAAUCUAUAUGAACCUCAGAUUUUGGAACAUUACAAGAAAGUUGAAAUGUCUGGAACGUAGUAUUGAUGGAAAAAUACGGUAUAAAGCAGCAGUGCUUUCAGAGGUGACCUUUUCAAUUGAUGGCAGUGGGAGAUUGUAUAUGCGAUAAUGUUUUAUUAUUUUUCUAAAAUAUGGAGUGAAAGACCAUCCAUCGAAGCCAUCUGCCAGACCUGAGGGAGCCUGCAACGAAUGGGAAAUGAACAAGUGUAGGUGUAAACAAUGUGACUAUCUCAAACAGGUGGAAAGAAAGGUAAAUAAACAGAAGACAUCGCAAUGCCGCGUGUGGAUAUCACAUUUAUCUUCUAUUUUUGAUAAAAUCUCUAACUUUACUAAACUGUGUCAAGAAGGAUUGCCUCCACUUCCUUCAAUAAUAUUUUUUUCUCAAAAAGAAGUUAAAUUCAACUUAAGCAAGGCUUGGGGGGGGGGACGCAUGCGGAUCAUUCGGCUCUUAAGGCCUCUUCGCGCCAUCGCUUAGGGCCCUUAGAGUUUUUUAUUUAUGUUUUUCAAUAGAUGCGCACCUUAGUUUGGCAUACAAACAAAGUGGAAGAGAUUACCUGAGGUUGAGUUUCGAAGUAUUUCUUGCCAAUUUUUCACAAAUUUAGUGUUAAGCACUCCCUUUUUACCUCCAGAUAAGGAAAGCGAAGGAAAAUACCAAUGAAAAAAACCCCGCACACAAGAUGCUCCGGCCUGGGACUGUUCAAAAUCAGUUUCAAAGAAGUCAUCUCUAACAUCCGUCUCAGUGUCAGUGCCAUCAUCAAUUUCACCUUCAACAUCACACUCGUGUACCACUGUGUCGUCUGAAGACCGUUCGUACGCUAAGCCGAAAGAAAGCGUCCCUCACUACCAAAAGAAACAAUCUUCGAAAAACGUUGUCGAAAUAUACAACAAGAACAGGUAAAAAAGAGCAACGUAUGCUCUACCAUUUCAGUGCCCCAUAAUAGAGUUUACAAUGACGAAUACUAUAAAGGUUUAACAUUAUCCAACCACAGCGUGAAUGUUUUGUCUGAGUAUUUGUUUGUAUGUAGAGGUCUCAUCGUUGUCGUGAAUUUUUUUUUUUGGUUCUGUGUUGCAUUGUCAACCACUUGGGUACUACACUUACGAUUUUCUGUUUUAGCGGUGAUGAAGGUCGCGUUGUGGACACUGAGAGAUUAUCGCAUGAGCUAAAGUGCGCAAUAGAAAACGAAAAUAUUAGGUAAGUAUAACUUUAUCAAUUUUUUAUCCAAGUCUUUACUUACAGUAAGAUACCAACAUGUCUCAAUUACCUCAUGGUAAUAAGUCUUACUUUGCGAUUUUCCCCCACAGACGCGCUGUGACGUUAUUAAAGCGGGGUGCCGACCCCAAUUUGUUGGUGAAUGGAUUAAGUGCAUUCCAUGUUGCAGUGGGAUUGGACUCUCCUCUCAAUCUCCGUUUCACCCGCCUCUUGUUGGACUAUGGUGGUAACCCUAAUGUUCCCUCUACAGAAGGCUUAACACCCAUACAUGUAGCCAUCAUGUGGGAACGAAUUAACUGCCUCAAGAUUCUGUUUAAUCGUGGGGGGAACCAUGACUGGCCAGAAAAUAAAGAAAAGAACGCCCCACGACGAGUGAAAGCUUUUAAAGCUAAAACUGGUGCCAACACAUCUGACUGCUUCUUAAAGAAACUCGAUGAGCGAAUCUACAAGCAGCUUCAAGAAACGACUUUCCAGUCGGUCUCACCGGACAAUCCUCCAUUAUAUGAGCUUGGUCCUACUCCAUCGCCCAAUGUCGGAUGCAGUAUUCCCCGAAAACGACCGGGAAAGAAAGGGUCUAUCAAAACAGUUAGGCGGAAAGUGUCGCUUAGUUUCCGGAGAGCCUCUGGUCAGUUCCGUCGGGGAAUCCGACAAAUUCGUAGCUUACUUAGCAGUUCGUCUGGAAGUGACAGACAAAUUUAG